AAGAUCUCUAUUUGAAAAGAAUCUGCCUUGUUCAAUUGCCUCAUGCAACCCUCAACAUGAUCUAUAUAUAGAUAUGUAAAUGUUUGUAUGUCUUGUAUAUAACAAUUCCUUCCAACAAUGUCAUUGAGUCGGCCCAUAACACGGACCGAUGGUGCAUCCAAUGGAGCAUUUAGGACUUUUGGUCUCUACUGGUGCUACCAUUGUAAUCGUAUGGUCAGAAUUGCAUCCUCUAACCCAUCUGAGAUCGCGUGCCCUCGAUGCUUGAGACAAUUUGUCGUCGAGAUUGAAACAAGACGGCCUCGGUUUACUCUCAAUCAUGCUGCUCCGCCUUUUGAUGCUUCUCCUGAGGCUCGUCUUCUCGAAGCUCUAUCGCUCAUGUUUGAGCCUGCAAUCAUAGGUGGAUUUGGUGCAGACCCAUUUCUUAGGGCAAGAUCCAGAAACAUCUUGGAACCUGAAUCAAGACCCCGACCACAACAUCGACGACGCCACAGCCUUGACAAUGUUAACAAUGGUGGUUUGCCUCUACCAAGAAGAACAUAUGUAAUUUUCCGACCCAAUAAUCGGACUAGAGAACUCGGAAACAUAAUUCCGCCACCAAAUCAAGCACCACCCUGGCAUGUGAACUCAAACGAUUUCUUUACCGGAGCAUCAGGCUUAGAGCAGCUGAUUGAACAACUAACACAAGACGAUAGGCCUGGACCACUGCCUGCAUCAGAACCCACCAUUGAAGCGCUACCAUCUGUGAAGAUAACACCACAACAUCUAACCAACGACUUGACCCAAUGCACAGUGUGCAUGGAAGAAUUCAUUGUUGGUGGGGAUGCAACGGAACUACCAUGUAAACAUAUUUACCAUAAAGAUUGUAUAAUCCCGUGGCUCAGGCUUCACAAUUCUUGCCCUAUCUGUCGCAGUGACCUGCCACCUGUCAACACCGUUGCUGAUUCUCGAGAAAGGAGCAAUCCUACUAGACAAGACAUACCUGAAAGAAGGCGUCCAAGGUGGAUACAGCUUGGGAACAUUUGGCCCUUUAGAGCACGAUACCAAAGAGUUAGUCCAGAAGAAACAACAAACCAGAAUCCUCGAAGUACUAGGAGCUAGAACUAAAUAUUCCAUGGGCAACUAUCUUUCUGACAGUGGAGCCUCUAUGAUUCAAGAAAUAAAAAUUGUGACUAUCUUUAUGUAUAGACGCUAUGAGAAAUUGUCUAAUUGAAUAUGCAUGUAUAUCUCAGAAAUAAACUCAAGCUAAACAUA